CCUUAAAUUCAGCGUCCAGCUCACAUGGGAAAUGCUCUCUGAGAGUCACGGACAUCCUGUGCAAGAACAUGAAGCACCUGUGGUUCUUCCUCCUCCUGGUGGCAGCUCCCAGAUGGGUCCUGUCCCAGGUACAGCUGCAGGAGUCGGGCCCAGGAGUGGUGAAGCCUUCGGAGACCCUAUCCCUCACGUGCGCUGUCUCUGGUGCCUCCAUCAGCAGUGGUUACUACUACUGGAGCUGGAUCCGUCAGCCCCCAGGGAAGGGGCUGGAGUGGAUUGGGGGUAUCUAUAGUAAUAGUGGGAGCACCAACUACAACCCCUCCCUCAAGAGUCGAGUCACCAUUUCAAAAGACACGUCCAAGAACCAGUUCUCCCUGAAGCUGAGCUCUGUGACCGCCGCGGACACGGCCGUGUAUUACUGUGCGAGAGACACAGUGAGGGGAGGUGAGUGUGAGCCCAGACACAAACCUCCCUGCAGGGAGGCGGAGGCGGCGGGCGCAGGUGCCGCUCAGGACCAGCAGGGGGCGCGCGGGGCCCACAGAGCAGGAGGCCGGGUCAGGAGCAGGUGCAGGGAGGGCGGGGCUUGCUCAUCUGCUCAGUGCUCUCCCUCCUCACCAGCACCUCAGCUGUCCCCAGGGCUCCUCUUUCUUUGAUAUCUGUGGUUCUGCUUCCUCACAUUCUUCUGCCAGAAAAGAAAGGAGGAAGGCACAUUUUCCUCUUACAAUUGAGGUUUCACCGAUUACUAGGAACUUUCCUACAAGUUCCUGCAUGGCCCAUUAUUCCUUAGUGAUUAAAAAUAUAUAUA